AUGACUCCAAUCCAAAAGCCAAUAACUGAUUAUGCAGCAUUUUUUCCGAUGUUCUACAAAUCAAGAGAACUUGCAAAACAAGCGAACAUGGCGUACACGCAUAUAACACUUGAUGUAGGGGCAGCUAUUAAGGCUUACCAUGUAAUUUGGAACAAUUCCCAGGCAUGGUCUGAUAUAAUUAUCCAUUUGGGAGAUUUCCAUGCCAUGAUAGCAUUUUUUGACGUUAGUGGCUGUCUUGUUAGUGGGAGCGGUUUUAAAGAUAUCCUCUUCCAAUCGGGUCUGUGCAGUUCUGAAAGUAUCGCGGGUUUGCUGUCCGGCAAACAUUAUAAUCGUAACUGGCUAUUACAUGAAGCGUUCUCAGAAGCGUUGGAACGUCUUUUUGAAGAGCAGUAUAUACCAGAAGUUCCGAAAAUGUUGGUAAAAUUCGCUGAAAGUCCACCAGGUACAGUUGAUGUAGAGGAUUUGCUGUUUAAUGCAACCGUUAAAGCUUACUUAGAACAUUACAAUCAGUAA